AUGAGUGACAAAAAAAGAACAUUACGAGAAUAUUUUAGUAGUGUGGCUACAAGUUCGGGUAAUGGCACAUUAAAAAAGAAGAAAAUAAACGAUGACACAAAGGCAGAUAUUAUCAACCAUGACCAUGACAAAUUAGAAAAAGAACUAAUGGACAGAAAAAUAAACAAUAACGAUGAAAAUGGCAAGUUAAUGAACGAUUGUGGUGAUGCUGAAACUAACAGCGGUUCGGAAAGUCUGCAUUCUAGUUUGUUGAGCGUUUUUAGUGAAUUAAAUAUCACUGACGAAGACGAAGAUGAUGAACAAAAUAUUAGUCCUAAUAGUGUUAGCAAUGUCCCUCUUCAAAUAUCAAAACCAGUUGGGCCAAACGAUUUGGCUGUCUCACUAGAAGAUGGUCCAGUACAACCAAAAUUAAAAGUUUUUGGCCAAAAGAAAUAUGGAAAUCGAUGGCGUAGUUUCAAGUCACAUUGGUUUGAAAGAUUUACCUGGCUUGAAUAUAGUGCUUUGGAAGAUAGCGCCUAUUGCUUUCCAUGCAGGUUUUUUUCGUCUCAAAGAUUUGAAAAAAAUGUGUCUUUCAUUAGCCUUGGGUACAACAAUUGGAAACGAGCGAUGGAAACAGAUUCUGGCUUUAGGAAACAUCUGAUUAGUGAGCAGCAUAAGAAAAGCGAAGUAAUGUGGACUGAAUUUAAACUUAAAAAAGACAAAAACAUUUCAGUUAUUAACCAGUUGUGUGACGCUAAUUUAAAACAAAUUGAGGAAGAUCGAAAAUAUUUAGGAAUUAUUAUUGAAUGUCUUCUUUUUAUCUCAAUUCAAGGAAUAUCUUUUAGGGGUCAUAAUGAAACAGAACAUAGUUCUAACAAGGGUAAUUUUUUGGAAUUAAUAAACUUUUUAGCUAAUAAUAAUAGUGUUCCAAAUAACUUCCUUAAACUUAGGUUGCAAAAUGCCCAUAAAAACGCAAAAUAUUUACAUCCCACGGUUCAAAACGAAAUUUUAAAAACAAUUUCUGAUCUUAUCGUUAAAGAAAUUUAUGUAGAAGUCAAUAAAUGUGAUUUUUAUGCCAUAAUGGUAGACGAAACAAAAGAUAUUUCUAAAAAUGAACAAAUAUCGAUUGUAAUAAGAUAUUACUAUCAAGGUACAAUUUAUGAGCGGUUUUUAGGAUUUAAGUGUGCAGAAGCGCUUAAUGCCAGAACUUUAUUUGCACAUAUAAAAAGUACAUUAAAAGAGUGCAAUAUUGACAUAAACAAAUGUAUUGCUCAAACCUACGACGGUGCAAGCGUUAUGAGCGGGAAAAGUAGUGGAGUACAAAGCUUAUUUCAACAAGAAGUACCUCAGGCUAUUUACAUUCAUUGUUUUAAUCAUAAGUUAAAUUUAGUGCUUGUUGAUGCAUGCAAACAUGUAAAAGAAACUGAUGAAUUUUUUGCUAUUUUGGAAAAAUUAUAUGUCUUUUGCUCAGGUUCUAAUAUACAUAUAAAAUUCAUUAAAUUACAAAAACAAAUUUGUCCAGAUAGAAAACCUAUUGAAUUAAAACGCGUUUGUUUUACAAGAAGGUCUUUCUUUCUGGGAAUUGGGAUCUGA